AUGCAGACUGUGCAAGAAAAGGUGAAGUCGCUCACCAAGCUGCCGUCUACUUCGCAGCAGCCACCCAAUCUUCAGAGCGGCCGCGUUCGCCUGUACAAAGACUUUGAUUGGAACGACAACCUGUGGACCGAGAUCGACAUCUACAAUGGUGGUUAUCCAGCGACGGAUCGCCACCGAGUGAACCAAAAACUGUUCGACACUGCUAGUUGGAUUGCAUUCAAUCUACCGAUCGGGACCGUUUUUACAUUCAUGGACCACCUUCCGAGUAAGCCUGGGGAGCACGCUGACCUCUCUGACGCCGGUCGUACAGUCGAUCUCGUCGGGACCGGACAAACUGAAGGCUUCAACCUGGACCAACUAGGCAUGAACGACAAGCUAUCGCAGUUCUUCUGGCGUGAGGUUGAUCUGAACCUCGGAGCAAUCGAGAUUUUCGAUGACCAAGACUUCACGAUCACGUAUCCGCAUUUCGCUGGAUUAAAUCCCGGCCACUUCAUGAAUACAGUUCUGACAAACGAUGCCGAUCGAACAUCGUCAAUAACUGCUUCCUUUGCUAAAGAACAAACAACCCAAAUCACGACAUCAACGACAGACACCUACGUCACCGGCAUAAGAGCUAAACAUUCUGCAUCUGCCGAAGCAGGCGUUGGCAUCGUAAAAGCCACGGUAGGAUGGAAGGUCGAAGCCAAGUUCGACUACACGCACGAAGAAAGCAAGUCAUACAGUGAGACGACCACCACAAAAUUUGGCAGCGAGCACCCAGUCAAAGUUCCGGCACGUAGCAAGCAGCGCGUCAACGUGACUUUCCAUACGAGCAGAGUCAACUCAAAGACUUAUACCACCAAGGCUGAACGCUGGUAUGCACGCCCAGUUUUUGGAUGGCAGCGAGACAACACAUAUAGCGACGCACCUUACAAAAGGAACGAGACCGUGCAGAUCACUGUCGCGGGUGGCCUGCGGGGCAACAUCGAGGUUCACUUUGGCAAAGUAGAAAAGCUUUAG